AUGACAGCGAGGAAGGCUCUUAAGUCCAAACGAAAUUUGGUAUACUCGACAAGAGAAGACCGAGACGAGAAACUGCAGGUAUUCAAACGUAGAAGAGCAGCGAUAUUCCAGCAAAGGUGUACUGGAGGGGAGCAGGCAGCUUCUGAUGGUGUGAGUGGCGGCACUGAAAGGAGAGUUGUCGGGCGGCGGAGACGUUCCGCAAAAUCGCGGGCCCUGCAGGCCAUUGCAGCGGGAGAAGAUAGCGACUCAUCGUCGGAUGCAGGCCGGGCGAGUAGCGAGGGAUCUGAGCCCUUAGUGAAUCUGAGACAGAGUAUAGCGCCAGAGGACAUUGAGGAGAUCAAAAAGCAAAACAGUAAAGGUGUUCGAUCUGUCGGUGAUCUGAUCGAGAAAUGCGAGCACUCGAUGGAGUAUUCGAGUCGAUCACCGGCUGAUCAGCUGCUGGGAUCGUCUGGCGACAAGGGGCAUGUUGCGCGGAAGUUAGAGUUACGCCGGAAAUAUGAGCAAAAGUUUGCGCUGCCGUCCAUUUUGUACCGCUCAGAACUCAUCAUGAGGAUACAACCGUUCCUGCGGCUGGUCGAAGACCUAUUCAAGAACCGGGUAUCGUCGUACUACAAGCACGAGGCGGCGAGCGCAUCAAAGGCGUCGAAUAAUGCCUUCCUGUCGCUCGAUGAGUUCAGGUCGAUGGACAUUAGCAGAUUCGUAGCCGGAUACUACGGACUCAGGAGGCAGCUGAGCGUUGGCGAGGAGAUACUGCGGCAAUUCAGGCCAUUUCUCCUGAAGCGACAGGGCAAGACUAUGAAAUGGUGGGGUGUAGCGGAUUUCGCAAACUACGUUCUCGCGCCGGAAGUGCUGGCGUCGUUUUGCAUAGACGAGAUGCAACUCGGCGACGAUAUUUACGACCGCGAGACUAGGGAGAAGGCUUAUGAGCUCUUCCACAAUACCACGGAAUUCGGUUUGGCGAUCGCAGACGCGGAGCCACUCGAACAAUGGGAAGCACCGGUCCGAGACCAGCGAGCUACGGGCCCAAAAAUGACCGAAUCACAGCGCUGA